UGUUCAAAUAUUGAGCUGAUACAUUUAUAACAUUUAUGCGUUCAAAUUCACAAAUUUUCACUGACAAUCGAUCAGUUCAUUCUCACAUUACAUUCAUUAAAAUCCAUACAGCAAUUUACUGUCGUCGAACGUUUUCGUGCGUAACAAUGUCUAUUAAACGAAUUUUCUUGAAGUUGAAACAUAUUUUGUUUAAGUAUGUUUCAAUUGAGGAUUCGAAAAGUUCUUUCAAACGUGUGAAGACUACAAAAAGAUUUCCAAAAUUUCUUUUGGCGUUUGUGAUUGCAAUUACAUUAUUUGGUGCUUUCAUGCUUCAUUGGAAUAACAAUCCGAUAUUAGUUUCAAGACCAUUCAUAUAUAUUGAGCCUUUUAAUUCGUACUUCAGACAUGAACACAGUUCAGAAUUGAAAGAUUGGCAUGAUUACGCUUUCAUUGCAAUGGAAAGAAAUCGCACUGGACCUGGCGAACGUGGCACAGCAGUAAUUCUCACCAAAGAAGAAGAAGAACUCUCGAAACCAAUAAUUGAAGAACAUCAUCACAAUGGCUUCAUUAGUGACAAAAUAUCUCGUGAACGCUCAGUUCCAGACACACGUCCAGUGGAAUGUCAAUCAAGAAAAUAUCUCGCUGAUCUUCCAUCAACCAGUGUGAUAAUUCCAUUUUAUAACGAAAUUUUAAGCACUUUGACACGAACAAUUCAUAGUGUUUUUAAUCGAUCACCACCUGAGUUGUUAAAAGAAGUUAUCUUAGUGAAUGAUCAUAGUGACAAGGAUUAUUGUUAUGGACCCCUUGAAGAAUAUCUUCGAGAUCAUUUUGAUAUGAAGAAAAUAAAAAUCAUUGUGAUGCCGGUGAGGUCUGGUUUGAUUUGGGGUCGUUUAGCUGGUGCAAGAGCAGCUACUGGUGACGUACUCGUAUUUAUUGAUUGUCAUGUAGAAGCGAAUGUGAAUUGGCUUCCACCACUUAUUGAUCCAAUUGCUAGGAAUUAUCGAGCUGUUGUUUCUCCUAUUAUUGAAGCAAUAAGAGCGUUGACUUAUGAGUACAUAAGAAAAACGAGAGGUAGUCGUGGAGCAUUUAACUGGCAUUUUACGUACAUUUUCUUACCUUUGAGAGAACAAGAUAGAAUUGACCCAGCAGAACCUUACGAAACACCAAUUAUGUUGGGUGGAUUGUUUGCAAUAUCGGCGAAAUUCUUUUGGGAACUUGGCGGCUACGACACUGGACUCGAGAUUUGGGGAGGGGAACAAUAUGAAUUGAGUUUCAAGGUCUGGCUUUGCGGAGGGGUUCAAUACGACACGAAUUGUUCUCGCUUUGGGCACAUUUACCGUAGAAGACCUUUUUCUCAAAUCACUGAAAAAUCUUGGUAUGAUAGAAGAAAUAUCAAAAGAGUGAUAGAAACUUGGAUGGAUGAUUACAAACAAUAUGUUUACGAUCGAAACCCAGAAAAAUGGAAUAGCAUUGAUGCUGGCGAUUUGACUUAUGUUAAAGCUUUUAGAGAAAAACUUAACUGCAAGCCUUUUAAAUAUUUUCUCGAAGAAAUCGCUCCUGAUUUACUUGAACGAUAUCCAGCGAUUGAGCCUGAACCGUUUGCCUCCGGUAUGAUUAAAAGUGAAGCUUAUCCUAAUAUAUGUAUCGACACAUUAGGAGUGAAUGAAGGUGAAGCUGUUGGACUUUAUACUUGUAAAAACGACAAAUAUCGUCAAAGCUUCCAAUUGAGAGUUAAUCGAGAUAUUAGAGUGGACAAGACAACUCCCUUCAUGUGUCUCGACGUGAAUAAUAAGAAAUUAACUUAUUAUCCUUGUUCAUUCAAUCAAGGAAGUCAAUAUUUCCGAUACGAUUUUGAAACAAAACAAAUCAUAUGUGGAGGAAAGAGCAGAAAUCAAUGCGUCGAGAUAAACAAAAAAGAAAUGAAAGUUUUCGUCACAAAUUGUAACAAAGACUUAAUGACUCAAAAAUGGACAUGGGAUUUUAUGAACGAAACCAUGCUCAGAGAUUGGGGAAAUUAUGGACAUCCCAUUAUGGAUCCUGAAGAUUUGAAAGAAUUUACAUUAAGUUCUUAAAAAUAUGUUUUGUGAUGA